AUGGCGGGGUAUUGGGCGAAGUUGCCGUUGUUAAGGUGGCUAAUGUUAUCACAUCCUGAAGUUGAGUGGAUUUGGUGGAUGGAUGGUGAUGCUCUGUUUACUGAUAUGGUGUUCGAGAUACCUGUUUCCAAGUACAAUGAUUACAAUAUGGUUAUCCAUGGUUACCCAGAUUUGUUGUUUGAUCAGAAGUCAUGGAUCGCUUUGAACACGGGUAGUUUCUUCUUCAGGAAUUGUCAGUGGUCUUUGGAUUUGUUGGAUGAUUGGGAAAAAUGUCCAAUUCGUGAGGAUGCUGGGAAGAUAUUGACUGCAAAUUUGAAGGGUCGGCCAGCAUUUGAGGCUGACGAUCAGUCAGCAUUGAUAUACUUGCUGAUUUCUCAGAAAGAUCAGUGGAUGGACAAGGUUUUUGUUGAGAACUCGUAUUAUUUGCAUGGGUAUUGGGCAGGUUUGGUGGAUCGGUAUGAGGGGAUGAUUGAGAAGUAUCAUCCCGGAUUGGGAGAUGAGAGGUGGCCAUUUGUGACACAUUUUGUAGGUUGUAAGCAAAGCGGGAGUUAUGGAGAUUACCCAGUGCUGAGGCAUAGGGGUUUGGUGAGCCCAAACAUUAAGAGGAUCAGGAACGAGACUGUUACUCCUUUGUUAAAUGUAGAUCAGUUUGAUAUUCGGCAUUCUGUGCAUCCGAGCAGUGGAUCUAGGAUCUAG